AUGGCUGCUUUAGGAGACGACCUGUUGCGGAUUGUGAAUCAGCUUCAGGACCUAGUCUUUAAUACAAUUGGCACAGACUCCCUCGACUUACCUCAAAUCGUUGUCGUCGGUUCGCAAUCAGCCGGCAAGUCUUCAGUGCUCGAGAACAUUGUCGGCCGUGAUUUUUUGCCUCGAGGAAGUGGCAUCGUGACCCGUCGCCCGUUAAUUUUGCAAUUAAUCAACGUCGAAGAGGACCCGUCCGAACCAGAUCUACAGGCCGCUUACAAGAGUCCCACUCAAGCACGCCGCUCCGAGUGGGCUGAGUUCCAUCACACACCCGGUCGAAGGUUUACCGAUUUUGCAGACGUCAAGCGCGAGAUUGAGAAUGAAACUUCUCGUGUUGCCGGCAAUAAUAAGGGCAUCAACAGACAACCCAUCAAUCUAAAAAUCUAUUCUCCUCAUGUUCUUAACUUAACCCUGGUUGAUCUGCCAGGUUUGACCAAGGUUCCCAUCGGCGAUCAACCAGCCGAUAUUGAGAAACAGACUCGAACCCUCAUUUCUGAAUACAUUGCCAAGCCCAACAGUAUCAUUCUCGCCGUCUCUCCUGCAAACGUUGACAUUGUUAAUUCGGAAGCUUUAAAACUUGCCAGACAUGUUGAUCCUCUGGGCCGUCGGACGAUCGGAGUUCUCACCAAGGUAGACUUAAUGGAUCACGGUACGAAUGCAUUAGAUAUCUUAUCUGGCCGAGUCUACCCGUUAAAGCUGGGCUUUAUCGGUGUGGUCAAUCGAUCACAGCAGGAUAUUCAGGGCAAUCGGCCGAUGGAAGAUGCUCUUAAGGCAGAGUCGGAAUUUUUCCGACACCAUCCUGCUUACCGAACUAUUUCUAUGCGAUGCGGUACUCAAUAUCUAGCUAAGACCCUUAAUCAGACUCUUAUGGCACACAUUCGGGAGCGGUUACCGGACAUCAAGGCACGUCUCAACACGCUGAUGGGCCAAACCCAGCAGGAGCUUGCAAGCUAUGGCGAUAUGCAUUUUAGCGGAAAGGAGCAUCGAGGGUCUAUGAUUCUUCAGCUUAUGACUCGAUUUGCUACUUCUUUCAUCUCGUCCAUCGACGGUACAUCUACCGACAUAUCAACUAAAGAGCUGUCUGGAGGUGCGCGGAUCUACUAUAUUUUCAAUUCAGUGUUCGGCAGUGCAUUGGAGACUAUCGAUCCCACUUCCAACCUUUCUGCUCUCGAUAUCAGGACCGCCAUUCGCAACUCGACAGGUCCUCGCCCAAGUUUAUUUGUACCGGAAAUGGCCUUUGACUUACUCGUCAAACCCCAAAUUAAGCUAUUAGAGCUCCCCAGUCAAAGAUGCGUCGAGUUAGUAUACGAAGAGCUGAUUAAAAUAUGCCACACAUGUGGUUCGACAGAACUCUCUCGGUAUCCUAGACUUCAGGCCAAACUUAUUGAGGUCGUAUCAGAUCUUCUGAGAGAGCGGCUGGGUCCGUCAUCAUCUUACGUCGAGUCCCUUAUCUCUAUUCAACGGGCUUACAUCAAUACAAACCAUCCUAAUUUCUUAGGGGCCGCUGCAGCCAUGAGCCAUGUGGUUACUAAUAAGCAGGAGCGCGAAAGGAAGAGGAUAAUCCAGGAAGAAAGGGAACGCCGGGAAAAGAAGCGGCUUAAGGAAUUUGGAACAAAUGGUACUGAAACCCCGAAUGAUGAAGAAGAGCCUGAUCAUGAUAGACAUGACGCUUCUCAGUCGCGAAAGCCAGCUGGAAUAGGAUCAAGAAGCAUGUCGCCUAUCCUCCGCGAAAAUGGAACUUCCAGCAUCGCCGCCGCGAUGAAUGGUUCGCGUUCGGACUCACCUAACCGGUUCAACCAACAGGCAAUUGGAACUGCUCGCGAUUCGUUCUUAACUUACUUCUUUGGAAAGGAUGGCCAGCCAAUCCAAUCUUCUGGAGCGGGAGCUCCUUCUGCACUUCCUCGCCAUGUCAGCCAGGGUGUGGAACCCACUUUCAGUCAAAGCAUUCGACGAAGUGAAGACAAAUUAACUCAUCGACCGGCGUUAUCCUCAUCUUUAGCCCGCGAAGAGGUUGAGAGCCCGAAAGCUGCCGGGUUUGGGUUUGGGCCGCAGUCGGGCGAUGUGGAACCGGCUUUAAGCGAUCGAGAGGCAAUGGAAACGGAGCUAAUCCGCGCACUUAUUUCCUCGUAUUUCAACAUUGUCCGCGAGUCUAUCGCUGACCAAGUCCCCAAAGCUGUUAUGCACCUGCUCGUCAAUCAUUGCAAAGACGUGGUACAGAAUAGACUUGUCAGCGAACUCUACAAAGAAACUCUCUUUGAGGAGCUCCUCUACGAAGACGACGCUGUCAAGAAGGAACGCGAGAAAUGCGAGAAGCUACUGCAGACCUACCGGGAAGCAGCUAAAAUCAUUGGGGAAGUGUUAUAA